UCAAAGAAAGAUUCCAUUCGUGCAACCAUAGAUAGUAAAACCGUAUCCGCUCAUCAUGGACCUGAAAGCGAAAGACCGACAGCAAAUAAGAAAAAAAAGUACAGACAUCAAUAAUGACAAGGAACCUGGAACCUGGCGGGAUUCAAUCCGGUCCGAAGAAGAAGAAAAAAGGAAAAAUAAAGUUUACAUGCCACACAUUUACGCCGCCCUGGGGAUGGGAGAAGAAACGAAUAUCUCGCGUCAACAGAAAAAGUCAACAUAAGCUCUUCCCCCGCUAGUUGGUUUAUCAAUCAUCAUCAUAAUCCCCUACCACCCGUAGUAC